AGGAGACAGCGGCAGCAGCCGAAGCGGCAACUCAGAAGCGACCAGUGCAGCGCGAAAGCGGCGGACGCGAGGGGAUCCGCGCGUCCCCUCAGCCCCUGCCCUGCCUUGACUCCGGGCGGGGUACUGUGGGGGUGUCCCCCCCCCGGCGGAUUUCGCCGACCUUCGCCCUCGAGCAACCCCCUUCCCCGCGUCCACUGAACACAUGAGGUUUUUCAGGUUGACCUUCAAGUGCUUCGUGGAUUGUUUCUGAGUCUCUGCAAAAUCCCUGCCCUCUCCUCCGAGCCGGCUACCUGCACCAGCGAGCCCCGGCCCCAGCGCAGACUCCACUCCCCACCGCCUCCCGCUCGCCCCUUGCGAGGGGGCUUCUCCCUGCACCCCCCGCACCCGCUCUCUUCCAUCCUCUUUUGAGCAGCAUCCCGAUUCGUCUGGAAGGGGUCGGCCGGGACUCAGGAGUCCCCCCAGGCAGCAUGGCCAAGGGGGCUUCGUCGGAGAGCGGCGGCGGCGGCGGCAUUUACAGCGUCUCGGUGGAACAGCAGGACAAAAAGACGGGACGCCCCGCAGCCGCCAUGUGCCAAGGAGCCCCAGUCGGGAGCAAAGGGGAGGCCGUGGACUCCUGCAGGCCGACCCUGGCCUUGCCGCCCCGCGAGAGAGAGACUUGGACCCGGCAGAUGGAUUUCAUCAUGUCCUGCGUGGGCUUCGCCGUGGGGCUAGGCAACGUGUGGCGCUUUCCCUACCUGUGUUACAAGAACGGGGGAGGUGUGUUCCUCAUCCCUUACAUUCUUAUUGCCCUUGUUGGCGGGAUUCCCAUCUUCUUCCUGGAAAUUUCUUUGGGGCAAUUCAUGAAGGCCGGGAGCAUCAAUGUAUGGAACAUUGCACCUCUUUUCAAAGGAUUGGGAUUUGCUUCUAUGGUGAUUGUCUUCUACUGCAACACUUACUACAUCAUGGUACUUGCCUGGGGCUUCUACUACCUGGUGAAGUCCUUUACAGCCACCCUGCCCUGGGCAACCUGUGGGAAUCCCUGGAACUCCCCAGAGUGUGUAGAGAUCUUCCGACACGAAGACUGUGCCAACGGCACUGCCAGCAGCAACCUUACCUGUGAUGAGCUUUCUGACAAGCGGUCGCCUGUCAUCGAAUUCUGGGAGAACAAGGUGUUGAAUCUGUCAGAAGGCCUGGAGUUCCCUGGGGCUAUCAACUGGGAAGUGACCCUUUGCCUCCUGUCUUGCUGGGUCCUUGUCUAUUUCUGCGUUUGGAAAGGCGUCAAAUCUGCAGGAAAGAUUGUCUACUUCACUGCUACAUUCCCUUAUGUGGUGCUCAUUAUCCUGUUUAUUCGGGGGGUGAUGCUGCCUGGAGCUCAGGAUGGGAUAAUUUACUAUCUGAAACCCGACUGGUCCAAACUGGCUUCCCCUCAGGUGUGGAUCGAUGCUGGGACCCAAAUCUUUUUCUCGUAUGCCAUAGGAUUGGGGGCGCUCACUGCCCUGGGCAGCUAUAACCGGUUCAACAACAAUUGUUAUAAAGAUGCCAUCAUUCUGGCACUGAUCAAUAGUGGGACCAGCUUCUUCUCUGGCUUUGUAGUCUUCUCCAUCCUGGGCUUCAUGGCUGCAGAACAGGGAGUUGAUAUCUCCAAAGUGGCAGAAUCUGGACCUGGGCUGGCUUUUAUUGCCUAUCCAAGAGCUGUCACUCUGAUGCCAGUUGCUCCUCUCUGGGCUGCCCUCUUUUUCUUCAUGCUGCUGCUUCUGGGCUUAGACAGCCAGUUUGUGGGCGUUGAAGGCUUUAUCACAGGGAUCCUGGACUUCUUCCCAUCCACCCAUGCCUUCCGAUUCCAGAGAGAGGUCACCGUGGCCAUCUGCUGCGUCGUCUGCUUCUUCAUUGAGCUGUCCAUGGUGACUGAGGGGGGCAUGUAUGUCUUCCAGCUCUUCGAUUACUAUUCAGCGAGUGGCACAACACUACUGUGGCAGGCCUUCUGGGAGUGCGUGGUCAUCGCCUGGGUUUAUGGGGCUGACCGCUUCAUGGAUGACAUUGCCUGCAUGAUUGGGUACCGACCCUUUCCUUGGAUGAAAUGGUGCUGGAUGGUCCUGACCCCUCUCAUCUGCCUGGGUAUCUUUUUUUUCAACAUUGCCUACUACAAGCCAUUGAUCUACAACAACAGCUACAUCUACCCCUGGUGGGGAGAAGCCAUUGGCUGGGGCUUUGCACUAUCUUCCAUGCUAUGUGUCCCACUUACUGCCCUCUACAAAUUCAUCCGUGCCAAGGGAACACUGGCUGAGCGCUGGCACCAUCUCACCCAGCCGAUCUGGGGGAUACAUCAUCUAGAGUACAAGAUGCCUGAAACAGAUGCUCUAACCACCCACGCUCCUGUCUUGGACGGGUGUACCAAAGUUGUCAUCUUUGAGAGCGUCAUGUGACCAAUACUCCCCCACUGCAAGAGGGGCCCUUUCUCUGUGCCACUCUGCCCCGUUCUGCCAGUGUAGGAGGUAGGGGAAGGAUGCCAUCUCUGAAGUUGUGGGGAGUGCUCCCUACCUGUGGGGAAAAGGUAUUAGGGAUUCUUUAUCCAUUUCCACCUUUUCCUCUCAAGCAACAGAACGGCUGAGAGGUGGAAUAACUAGUUCCCGCCAAUCUUUGAUUAGAGGGUGGGAGGACGAAAGGCCAUAGGGGUGGGGUGAGGGAAGGGGUGGGGGGGAAGAGAGCCUUAGAUUUACAUUUUUUAAAAAACAGAAGUUAUUUUCUAAAAGAUGAAAUAUUUUAAAUUUCUAUAUACAUUAUAAAUAUAUAUAUACACACAGAUAUAUAUAUAUAUAUGUAUAUGUAUCUCUUUAGCCAAAUGCAUGGAACGCAGAUUCCUUCCCAUUCAGUGGACUACUGCUUUGGGAUCCAGAGCACUGCACUUUUAUUCCCUGCCUAGGUGGGGGGAGGGGGGUUGAUCAGGUUAGAGAUGGGUGCCUGGCCCCCAUCUCUGGUUUUGUCAAGGAAGCAGAGUCUGGCAGUUAGCAGAAGCAGGAAGGCUUUAAAAGGGAGCUGCUGGGAACCCAGAUCCCUGGGCACCCUUCGCUAUAGUCAGCGGGGAGACAUAGAAAGUCAUUGCAGGUAGCAUCAGGAACUCUAUUCUCAGCUCUGUCCCUGUUGCACUGAAGCACUAUCUCUCCUUUUCCCUGCCCCCCAAAUCAAGGACUGGGAUGCCACCCUCAUGCCAAGAUGGUUGCCUUCUUGGCCCGUCUUCGUCAAUUAAGGAGAGUGUGACUGAAAGACUUUCUCUCUCCAACUUUCCCAUCCCUUGCCAAACCAGGUGUCAAACCAACCAAAUAACUUGAAUCAUGGGAAACCUUUGUAUUAAGAAUAUGUAAGGUCAGAAACAACUUUGAGUUUCAUAGUAUUAUGAAUUUGCCAGAAUGAGAAUACGGGAGGGAUUAUGGCUUACUCCCGGAAUGGGAUCACCCAGGCCCUGCUCCUGCAGAAAAUACGGCCUUUUUCAGAAAUGUCUUGCAUUUUACAGACCUUCUCUCCCACCCCACCCCUCUAAGAAAAACAACACUCUUUGGUUGCAGUGUUUAAAGUGCCUCCUGAGUUACCAUUGAGCUGCCUCAUGAACCCAUGGCUUUCAGAAGCAUUAAAACCCACUUUGUGAAAUGGUGCAGCAGUGCAUUCUGCCCGCCACCUACAAUUCGCAGGAAUUACUUCCUGGGUUGAGGUGUGGGGAGAGAAGGUUGUAAUUCUCCAUGGAUGAAUUAGGAAAAGAGUCCAGGUAUCCUGUAGAAUCUGUAGCCAGAAUUAGAAUCCAAUCCCCUUCCUGCCUGAUUAAAUCUUGCCAAAGUCUGCUUCCAUGUCAAGAGUAGGAAAGCUGUGGAUAUGCAGGUGUUAUUAGACUACAGUUCCCAUCAUCCUUGGCCAUGUGCAGUGAGAAUGAUGGAAUUUGAAGUCUGAGAACAUUUGGAAGGCCACGGAUCGCCCACCUUUAUUCUGCAUCAAAUAACUGGAGUUCGUCUAUGCCAAUGCUUUUCAAACUUGGCAACUUUAAGAGGUGUGGACUUCAACUCCCAGAAUUCCCCAGCCAGCAUGCUGACUGGGGAAUUCUGGGAGUUGAAGUCCACACCUCUUAAAGUUGCCGAGUUUGAAAAACACUGCUUUAUGCCAUCCUUUGCCAAGUUGGUGUCCUUUGACAGAUGUGACGAACGUCAGCGCCCACACUUCUGAGCCAGUACAGUCAACAGUUGUGCUGGCUGGGAAUAGCCUCUCUGUUGAAGGCACCAAAUUCAGGAAGGCUGUUCUAAUGCUUUACUGCAACUCCCAAUAAAUCUUUGCUAGAUUUUU